AUGGCGACACCGACCUCUGCAUCUGAACAGACAGUCACCGCCAAGACCCAGCGCACGCUGGCCUGUGUGCUGUGCCAGCAACGCAAGAUCAAGUGUGAUCGUACAUUCCCUUGCAUCAACUGUGUACGUGCCUGCGUGCAGUGCAAGCAAGCAACCCGCCAGCGACGCCGGAGGUUUCCCGAGAAAGAGCUGCUAGAGCGGCUGCGAUAUUAUGAAAGACUGCUUCGCCUGAAUAACAUCAAGUUCAAUCCACUCCACACAUCUGCUACGGACCGUGAGUCUCCCGUCGAGGAUGGCGGUGAUGAUAUUUCACAGGGUACUCUAUCAGAAUGUACUCUUCCGGAUAAGGAUUCUCGCCGACUGAGAGAAAGCACAACAGGGAAGCGUAAACCAUUUAACAAGAAACUUGUGGCAUGCCAUGAGUCAAAAGAUCCGAAUGAAGAUGAGAACGACAGCGGGUUCCUCCACGACAACGAUGAUGUGCGUCAAGCUGUGAUCAAGAAGGCAUGGAACAAUAUGUUUCAAGGCCAAAGCAACGACCAACUUUUAUUCGGUUCAUCGGUAGGUAAAGUCAACCUGUCUGCUUUGCAUCCAACCCAGGUACACAUCUUCAGGCUUUGGCAGAUCUACUUAGACAACGUCAAUCCUCUUCUCAGAGUCACGCAUACACCCACUCUUCAAACACGCAUCAUCGAUGCUGCUAGCGAUAUCGCCAACAUCGAUCCCAAACUAGAAGCAUUGAUGUUUAGUAUCUACUGUGUCUCUAUUUCAAGUAUCACAGAAGAUCAAUGCAGUGCUUCGUUCGGAUCCUCCAAAAAGGACCUCUUGGCAGGUAACCAUGAGUGCUUGACUGCAUUGUAUCUGUACCUAGUGUCGAUCAGACCCAACAUGGACCCUGCUUCUCUCUCAUCGCUCCUUGGCGUUGCUAUACGAAUCGCACAGCGGAUAGGUAUUGACAAUGAGUCAAUGUACGGCAAAUACUCCGCUCUAGAGGCGGAGGUGCGUCGAAGAUUGUGGUGGUCGCUAGUCAUCUUUGAUAAUCGCAUCUGUGAAAUGUCCGAUUACAAAACCGCGUCGCUGGUUCCUACCUGGGACUGCCGCCUUCCUCUCAAUAUCAAUGACUUCGAGCUUCAGGCCGAGAUGAAAGCUACCCCGGCAGAAAGCAACAGACCAACAGAGAUGGUCUUUGCCGUUGUACGCAGUGAGCUCGCCAACUUUGUCCGUCACAGUGCAUUCCACCUCGAUUGCACCAAUCCGUUUUUGAGCACGAUCUGUGGUCGAUCUACGGAUAUAGACGAGGCGGAGGGUCUUCUAAUGCUAGAGAAGACGAUCGAGGAAAAAUAUCUUUCAUUUUGCAAUCCAGAGAACCCACUGCACUUCAUGACUAUCUGGACAACGCGUGGUUACCUCGCGAAAGCUCGUCUCUUGGAACGCUACUCCCGAUACUCGUCGGUGUCCGUGCCGCAGGCGGAUACACAACGCAGUAUUGGCAUUUCGCACGCACUUCGCAUGCUGGAGUGCGACACCAACCUCAUGACGUCCCCUCUCACCAAAGGAUACCUGUGGUUUAUUCACUUCCACUUCCCCUUCCUUGCGUAUAUUCACCUCCUGCAGAGCUUGAAAAAUAGGCCCCUGGAAGAGCAUGCAGACCAGGCGUGGGAGGUUAUGAGCAACAAUUACGAGGUCCGCAUUAUGGAUACCAAGCAUGACGACCGCCCCUUCUUUAUCAUAUUGUCUCGAAUUGUUUUCCAGGCGUGGCAGGCGCGGGAACAGGUAGCCAGAGAAGAAGGGCGGUCUCUAGUGCCACCUCGGAUUGUGUUGGAUAUCCGGGAGAAAGUAAUGCAAAUGACGAUAAAUUUUGGACAGGAUGUGGACACAGUGCAGCCCGGAGAUACCUCGAGUAUCAAUGAAGAUAAUCUGCCAGUAUCUACAGGGGUGGAUUUCAAUGUUUCUGGGAGUCUGGGAACGUGGGGAUAUGCCGACAUGUCUGGACCGAGCUCCAUGGACGUGGAUCCAAAUCAGUUGCUCAUGAACACGAUGGAUUGGAGUACUUUGCAUGUGGUAAGGGAUGCGAAUCUAUAG